AUCUGUCCCUUACUAUUUGAGUCCCUGUUGUCUCAUUGGCAGCUUUCUGAGCAGCUGCAAAAUGUUUUUAACUUUAAGUGGAAGCUGGGAUCACCAGCGUCUGGCCUGGAACGGUCUCUCUCAGCAAGGGCUCUUUCAGCUCUGACAUUCCCUAGCUUUACGGACUCGCACCCCAGUCGUCUGCCUGGUUUUCCUUGCUCGCAGAUCAUCUGUUCCAGUCGCCUCGCAACCACAGCUCGGCGACAGGGGCCGGAACGGGGACGAGGAGUGCUCGCGCGCGCUCAGGGGGCGGCCGCAGCACCGCCCUCUCCGGAGGACCAUGCUGCGAGGCAAGUCCCGGCUCAACGUGGAGUGGCUGGGGUACUCGCCCGGCCUGCUCCUGGAGCGCAGGCCUCUCUUGGCAGGGCGCACGCCCCGCAGCCCCUGCCGAAAUGAAAGUUCAUUAGCAUCCACUCUGAAGACGCUCCUGUUCUUCACAGCUUUAAUGAUCACUGUACCUAUUGGGUUAUAUUUCACGACUAAAUCUUAUGUUUUUGAAGGCGCCUUUGGGAUGUCCAAUAGGGACAGCUAUUUUUAUGCUGCUAUUGUUGCAGUGGUCGCUGUCCACGUGGUGCUCGCCCUCUUUGUUUACGUGGCCUGGAAUGAAGGCUCAAGGCAGUGGCGUGAAGGCAAACAGGAUUAAAGUGAACAUCACCUUUUGAUAGCAUUAAAUUGAUUUUUUUUAAAUGGUAAAUGUGUCUGGAGUAAAUGAUUUUAUGGUAAGUGGUAAAUGAUUUUAAUAAAGUGAAAGAACAUCAAUCUUAUGGAA